GCAGCACCCCGGAAGUAAAUUCAAAACAAUUUCUGAUCACAUGGCGCAAUGGACCUAGUGUAAGCUGUAUGGUGCCUUUGACAGUUCAGCCCUACCCGGAUGCCAGGGGUGCGAUUAUGUGAAGGCUGCAGGCCUCCUCUGACUGAUGGGUGUGCACAGAGACAUUUUCACUCCGUCUGAAUGUUCGUCUGCAGGAGAGUCAAACCCUCUCAACCUGCUGCUGAGUCUCAAGGACAAUCACUAUGGAUCCGUCCCACCAGAAGCACUUCACAGUUGUCGACUAUGUGAUAUUCGGUGUGCUGCUCGCUGCCUCGAUUGGCAUCGGGCUGUACCACGCUCUCUCAGGCGGUCGUCAGCGCACCACUCAGGAGUUUUUGAUGGCCGACAGAAGCAUGAGUUGUCUUCCUGUGUCCCUGUCCCUCAUCGCCUCAUUCCAGUCCGCCGUGGCGAUCAUAGGCGUACCAGCGGAGAUCUACACCCACGGUACUCAGUACUGGUUCAUCGGCUGUGCCUACAUCCUGGGCCUCCUCAUUCCUGCUCAUGUUUUCAUUCCAGUGUUGUACAGACUGCGGCUCUCCAGCGCUUACCAGUAUCUUGAGCUGCGCUUCAGCAAAGCAGUGCGUAUCUGUGGAACUUUGACCUUCAUCUUUCAGACGGUUGUCUAUAUGGGAGUGUGUGUAUAUACUCCCGCCUUUGCACUAAAUGCAGUUACUGGGUUUGAACUAUGGGGAGCAGUGCUGGCCACUGGACUCGUUUGCACAUUGUACACAUCAAUGGGGGGUCUGAAGGCCGUCAUCUGGACGGACGUCUUCCAGACUGUGGUGAUGUUUGCAGGGCAGCUGGCUGUCAUCGUGGUCGGGGUGCAGCAGACCGGAGGAGUAUCAGAAGUUUGGAGGAAAGUCCGUGAAGGAAACCGCAUUGCUGGACUCGAUCUAAACCCAGAUCCUACAGAGAGACACACCUUCUGGACCCUGGGGGUCGGAGGGGUUUUCCUCAUGUUAUCUCUGUACGGAGUGAACCAAGCUCAGGUCCAGAGAUAUCUCAGCUCUCGCACAGAGAAGGAGGCUGUCAGGUCGUGCUACAUGGUGUUUCCCUCCUUGCAGCUGGCUCUGGCUCUCAGCUGUGUGAUGGGCCUGGUCAUGUUUGCACGGUACUGUGGAGAGGAUCACACAGACAAGCUGGGCUCCUCUCCACGAGAUGCAAUGGUGAUAUACUUUGUGAUGGACAUGCUGCAGGGUCUGCCUGGACUUCCUGGGCUGUUUGUUGCGUGUUUAUUCAGUGCAGCUCUCAGCACCAUCUCUUCUGCCUUUAACUCUUUGGCCACUGUGACCAUGGAAGAUCUCAUCAAACCACAUUUCCCAGCUAUGACAGAGGCAAAAGCAACCCUGCUGUCCAAAGCCUUGGCUAUGUUCUAUGGGCUGCUGUGUAUAGCCAUGGCCUAUGUCACUCACCUGAUGGGUGAUUCAGUCCUGCUGGUGGCUUUGAAAAUCUUCGGGAUUUGUGGCGGUCCAAUUCUUGGUGUAUUUUGUCUUGGGAUGUUUUUCCCCUGGGCCAACUCCACUGGAGCAGUUGCAGGUCUGGGGACUGGCCUGACUCUGUCUUUCUGGGUCGGUAUAGGAAGCAUCGUCACUCGAAGCUCCAGCGCAAGAGCACCGCCACCAACAUGCAUCGCCCCCCUGCUGUCAGACAACACGACUGCUGUCAUUCAGACCGCACUUAGCAACGUCACUCAUCACAGUCCUCCGUCUGGGCUGAAGUGGUUUUAUUCAUUGUCCUACAUGUGGUACAGCGGGUUCAGCUGCAUCUCAGUCAUUCUAAUGGGACUGAUCAUCAGUUUGAUCACAGGUGCUAUGAAAGAAGAAGAAGUGACACCAGGAACAAUCUAUCCCUUGUUUGGGGAACUGUGUUGUUUUUUACCUGAGCGUCUUAAAAAGAAGCUCUGCUGUGUGACUCCUCUGGGACAGACGGUGUCAACACAGCAAAUUCAACCUUCUCAUCACAAAGAAAGCAACGGAUUAGUCUCCCGUUAUGAGGACAAACAAUCACCAGAGGAGACGGACACUUUUCUUCCUGAGGCUCACGUACCUUUUAUGGAGUUUGAAACAGCUGUGUGAUAUCACCGCUCAACAGUCUUCAUGUCUUUACACAAGACACUUAGACUAAAAAUAGGGACUGUUAAUAUGGUUCUCUUUUUCAUAUCGUAGCCUUUGCUUCGAGACAAAAUGGCUUCAUUUGGAUCUGUACUGUAAAAGCAACGUCAAAGUUGCUCCUGUUUUUUAAUCUGCUGAAGUCUUCAAAGAAAUCACUGAAUCUGAACCUCUUUCAGCAUGACGGUUAAUUCAAUUCUGUUAUUUUUCAGCUUCAUGUUUACGAUGACUGAUUCAUAUCCAUACUGCACUAAACUGUUUUCUGAGAUCGACAUACACAUUAUAAUGUUAAUGUGGCUUUACCACUACUGCAACUGUGAGAAUAGACCUGUCACAUGAGGUGACGGUUGUGCCUCAAUUUUUAAGAAUGUAUGGCUGAACUUCGUCUGUAUAGCUGUUUAUUUUUUUCUAAAGAGGAUUAAACAUUUUGUAUUUAUUGUU